AUGGAUUUCGAUCAAUUAACAGAUCAACAAAAACAACAGCUAUAUUUGCAACACUUACAACAGCAACAACUACAACAACAGCAGCAGCAAUAUUCUCAACAACAGCAAAGAGAGCCCUUUAAACAGACACAACUUCCACCACAUCAUCAACAAUAUCAAACGAAUCAAUAUGUCAACAAUAUAGCAGAUGAAAGUUAUAUGGACGAAGAUUCAACUCAAAUUAUAGAAGAACCACCAAUAAUGUUGGAAGAGCAUUCACCUGUAAGAAAUCAAAAUUUGAAUCAACAACAAAAUCAUUCAAAUUUUAUUCAAAAUCAAGUUCCAUCACCAAGAUUUGCACAAAAUAAUCAAUUUGAUACUUCAACUAAUGGUUAUAAUAAAAACGUUCAAUUUCAUUCUAUAGAUUCAAUGAAUUUUCAACCACCAAAUAAUAAUUUUACUCAACUUAAUAAUAAUUCCAAUACAAAUUUAUCAGAGAUAAGUAGUAGUACUUCAGUUGUAUCGCAAACUCAAUUAUCAUCUAAUAAUCAUGAUCUCACACCUCCACCACAUACACCUACAUCAACUAAUAUACCGAUGAGUCAACAACAACAACAUCCUCAAGCUCAGGUACAAUCACUACAUUCUACUCAGCAGCAACAACAACAACAGCAACAAUCUGCUCAAAGUUAUACAACACCACCACCUUCAAGAGGAAUACCGCAACAACAAUAUCAAUCUCAACCACAACAACCACAACAACCUCAACAACAACACCUUCAACAGCCACUUCAAACAACAAACACUACAACCUUUCAAAGACAACCUCAUUUAUUACCAACUGAAAUUCAAGAUCGUGGAAAAGCAAUAAAAUUAAGAAUGGAAAAUUUUUAUACAAUGUCAGUAAAUCAUGCAAUUGAAAGAAAUCAAAGAAGAAUGAAUAUGGAACAAAAAUUAAUUGAAGAAGGUAAUGGAGUAUCAGAAGAAAGAAAAAAUCGUCAUAUACAAAAUUAUAGUAAAAAAGAAACUCAAUUUUUAAGAUUAAGAAGAACAAAAUUAUGUUUAGAAGAUUUUGAUACUAUAAAAGUUAUUGGAAAAGGAGCAUUUGGUGAAGUUAGAUUAGUUCAAAAAAAAGAUAAUGGUCAUAUUUAUGCAAUGAAAACUUUAUUAAAAUCUGAAAUGUAUAAAAAAGAUCAAUUAGCUCAUGUUAGAGCAGAAAGAGAUGUUUUAGCAAAUAGUGAUUCUCCUUGGGUUGUUUCAUUAUUUUAUUCAUUUCAAGAUUCUCAAUAUCUUUAUUUAAUUAUGGAAUAUUUACCGGGUGGUGAUUUAAUGACAAUGUUAAUAAGAUGGCAAAUUUUUACAGAAGAUAUAACAAGAUUUUAUAUGGCUGAAUGUGUUUUAGCUUUAGAAGCUAUACAUAAAUUAGGUUUUAUUCAUCGUGAUAUUAAACCUGAUAAUAUUUUAAUUGAUAGAAGAGGUCAUAUUAAAUUAAGUGAUUUUGGUUUAUCUACUGGUUUCCAUAAAACUCAUGAUUCAAAUUAUUAUAAAAAAUUAUUAGAAGAAAAUCCAAAUCAUCCAUUACAAGCAAAUCAAUUAACUUAUAAUGGGAAUAGUACAGUAAAUGGUAGAAAUUCAAUGAUGGUUGAUGCAAUACAUUUAACAAUGUCAAAUAGACAACAAAUGCAAACUUGGAGAAAAUCAAGAAGAUUAAUGGCUUAUUCAACUGUUGGAACUCCAGAUUAUAUUGCACCUGAAAUUUUUAUUCAUCAAGGUUAUGGACAAGAAUGUGAUUGGUGGUCAUUAGGUGCAAUAAUGUUUGAAUGUUUAGUUGGUUGGCCACCAUUUUGUGCAGAAUCUCCUCAUGAAACUUAUAGAAAAAUUAUAAAUUGGCAAGAAACUUUACAAAUUCCUGAUGAUGUUCAUUUAUCACCAGAAGCAGAAGAUUUAAUUAAGAAAUUAUUAACAUCAUCUGAUCAAAGAUUAGGUAGAUAUGGAGGAGCAGAAGAAAUUAAAACUCAUCCAUUUUUUAGAGGAGUUGAUUGGGAUACUAUUAGAAAAGUUGAUGCUCCUUUUAUACCAAAAUUAAGAUCUAUAACUGAUACAAGAUUUUUCCCAACUGAUGAAUUAGAAAAUAUUCCAGAUAAUCCUGUAUUAAUUAAAGCAAUGGAACAAAGAGAAUUAGAUGCUAAAAAUGGUGGUAGAAAAAAUCCAAAAGAAGAUUUACCAUUUAUUGGUUAUACUUAUUCAAGAUUUGAUUAUUUAACUAGAAAAAAUGCUUUAUAG